UUUCUCUCAAACUUCUCAUUUCCAUUUGCCUCCCCCAAAAAUAAGGAUCUCUUCCUCUCUUUCUUUCUCUAACCCUUUCUUUCUCACUUCUCCAUACCCUUUCUCUAUCAACUCCGACAACAUGGCCAACGCGGCAUCUGGAAUGGCUGUUCUUGACGAGUGUAAAUUAAAGUUCCUGGAGCUAAAGGCAAAGAGGAACUACCGUUUCAUUGUGUUUAAGAUUGAGAACUACGAAGUGAUAGUGGAGAAACUUGGAAGCCCAGAAGAAACCUAUGAGAACUUCACUGCAUGUCUGCCUGCCAAUGAGUGCCGAUACGCUGUCUUUGAUUUUGAUUUCACAACAAAUGAAAACUGCCAGAAAAGCAAGAUUUUCUUCAUUGCAUGGGCUCCGGAUACGUCAAAGGUGAGAGAGAAGAUGGUGUAUGCCAGCUCCAAGGACAGAUUCAAGAGGGAACUUGAUGGCAUUCAGGUUGAGUUGCAAGCAACGGAUCCCAGUGAGAUGAGCUUUGAUAUCAUAAAAGCAAGGGCAAUAUAAUAAUGUCAUCCAAUUAUUAAGAUUUCACCCUUUUCCCUACAGCUAGCUUUGGCGGCACUAUUAAUUUCUUUAUUUGUUUGACUUCUGCUGUUUUUUUUUGUUCUUUUUGUCAACUGGCCUACAUUGUAAACUGGUAGUUUAAUAUGAUACCUAGAAAAGCACUGCCAUGGAUUACAGGCUAUAUCGAACAACCUUAUUAUUGUAUACACUACAUUCUU